UUCUUUUGCAAUUUAUAUGUUUUAGGUAAUUAGUGAUUAGUUCAUUAAUGUCCAUGAGCACAUCAAAGGUUUAUCCAGCAAUCCAAAAAAUUAUGUUUCUUGCUAUAAUAGAUAUAUUGUUAAUGGAUUCCGAUUUCACACUGCUCUCUAUGGCAGUUGUUUUAUUCAAAUGUGAUUGGUACGAGAUUCCUCCUACUCAAGGGGUUCAAGUGGAUCAACAACAUCGAUUAGUUGACAUUAAUCCUAGAAGAUACCUUAGAUCUUAUGAGCCUUUCAUUCUUGCUAGUCAGGCAAAGCAGGUUUAUUACACACCAUACCCAUCUAUUAAUCAUGAAAGAAGGGGAUGGAUUGCUGCACUUAAAAUUAAAGCUAGGAGUAUCAUUGAGGCUCUUGAGAAUAAAGAUGACCAACAAGAAGGAUUGACACCAUAUUUUCGAGAUGAUGAGCCUCCUAUUCCUCAACAAAUAAAUAUUGAUGACAUUGCUUAUGAACCUGUGCAAUAUUCUGAUGGGAGGUUUAUUGAAAUACAUGAAGAAGCUGAUGUUGGGGAGGGUAUUGGGGAAGAGGAUGAAGAAGGGGAAUGGGAAGAUUUUGAGACAUCAGAAGAAGAAAACAUAGAAACAUAUGUUGAGGAGAAUGAUAGUAGUGAUGAUUUUCGCUGCAUGGAGGCUGUUGAAUCCACCCAACCGCUACAACGGCCAAACCCAUUUGACCCCCAGAGACAAGUUCAGGAGGAGGUUCCUACUGAUAUGGUUCUGGAGACUCCAGCUUCAGAUGCUGAUAUACAGGCUGAGUCUCCCAGUGAUGAGGAUACACCUGUGGCUACCCCCCAGUCAAGUUCUGCAAGAGCUAAUGGAGUAAAAGGAUCGAGGGUGACGCAUACCAGCGAUUCAAUGGAUGUUAAUGUUUAUAGAAAGAAAAUGCAACAAGCAAACCCCGAGGGUCGUCCACUAACAUUUCCUAAGGUCUACACCAGUAGAAGGCAGUACAAAGAAAAAAGAAAAGACCAAUUGCCUAUAUAUUGUAAUGAUGAGGCUCAAGAAAUUGGAGUAAGUAUUUAACUUAACAAUUUUACUUUAAAUUGUAUCAUGAAUUAAUUGAAAUUAUUUUAGUUAUAAUAUUGAAACUAUUGUACAAUAUAGUUAUUGGUAAAAAGUUAGAACUCCAUUCUUUUAGGGGAGAGUAAAUUGAAUUUAGGUGC